AUGACUAAUACGAUAUCAACAGAAAAUGAUUUUGAGCCAGCAUACAUUGGAUAUUUUUUCAUCUUGUUUUCUGGAUUGACUGCUUUUGUUAUUGCAUUAUUUGUAUGGAUAAGAUGGGACACCGACAGGAAAGGAAGAAAUGGAAGACAAGAUUCGACGGACUCAGAGCAAAAUAUAGAAGAUGAAAAUCCGAAUGCAGAAAAUAAAAUUAAUUCUUUUUCGAAAGAUGCAAAAAAACAAGGAAAAUGGAAAUUUGACAAGAUGCGAACACCACAAUUUGAACAUCCAUGGCUUUUAACUACACUGAAAGGACAUGUGAAAGAUGUCUUGGACUUGGAUUUUUCUUCAAAUGGCAGAUAUGUUGCAUCAGUUAGCUCCGAUCGUUCACUUUAUCUCUGGAAUGAUUUCAGUGAGCGGGACCAUAAGAUGCAUCGUUGCACUGUUGAAUUGGAUAAUGCAAAUCACAUAAUCUUUGCACCUGAUUCAAAAUAUGUCCUUAUGAGUCUGCGAAGUGCUAACAAGUUGGAUGUUUACAAAAUGACAAAGAAGGAAGGCACACAAAAUUAUAAGUUUUCACGUGUUGAAAGUAUUGAAUUUCCGGUUGUUCAUGCUGAAGAUAUUAACAAUAUAGGAAUUGCCUGUAAUGGAAAAUUUGUGAUGUCAGCAUCAGCCGACAACCAACUCGUGAUAUAUAGCCUUCAUGGCGAUGUUCUCAAAAAAAUUGAACUAAAAUUGAACAUUCUGUACAACGCAUGCAUCUCGCCGUGUGGUCGGUUUGUUGGUGCAAGUGGUUUUACACCGGAUGUCCUUGUUUUUGAAGUAUUAUUUGAUCGUCAAGGAAACUUCCAAGAUAUUAAAAAAGCUUUUGAACUAAAGGGUCAUAGUUCUGGUAUUUACUCGUUUGCUUUCAAUCAGAAUUCAACACUAUGUGUCACAGCAUCUAAGGAUGGGACAUGGAAAGUCUACAAUACCGAUGUGCGUUAUUCACAAGGCGAAGAAACUAAGAUUAUUGCCAGUGGUGAAUUUGAAGUGCUGAAGAAUGCUCGUCCCGAAUCAGUCAAAGUAGUGAUGAGUCCAUCGGGGAAUAGUUUUGUUAUAUCAGCUAGUCGUCAUAUACGAUUGUAUAGCACUUUACAACCUCAGAAAGAAUUUAAAAUGAUUCUGGAUGCACACGACAAGCCAAUAAGUGGCCUACGGUUGAGUUCAUGCGGGAAAAUGAUAGCAAGUUGCGGCGAUCGAUACAUUAGAAUAUUUCAUAAUGUUGCAGAAUUUUAUAGUAAUGUAGUUUCGCUAGAAAAAACUAUACAAGAAACUCGUGAAGAUAGCAGAAGACGACGUCUUGAGGAGCAGCUACAUGAAGCCAAGCAAACACUUAGUCAUUUUUCAUUUUCUUAG